UUGCUUGUUUCUAGGAUUUUGGGAUUAGGGAGACUUAUAUCAACCGUAAUAUUUAACGUUGCAAAUGGGUUUAGCAGCACCCCGCAAGAGGACGAAAAUCUCCCAUGAUCCAAACAAUACAAAUUGGUCCCGAUCAACUAGUGGUUAUGGCCACAAAAUUAUGAGCUCUCAGGGAUGGACUCCUGGCAGUUUUCUAGGUGCACGCAAUGCUGCUCAUGCUGAUAUGUUCACUGCCGCGAGCGCAUCUCAUAUCAGGGUUGUUGUGAAGGAUGAUACACUUGGCCUUGGGGCACGCUCCAAGCGUGACCCCCUCAAUGAACCUACUGGCCUUGAUGCCUUCAAAGAUGCGAAGAUAGCACGGUAUGCUGCAACAAAAUGGCAUACGGUCAGGUUCAUUAGCGGCGGUUUGUUGGCGCAAGAGAAGCUUGUUUCCCUCUCCCCUCCGAAGGAAACCCCAGGAGCUCAGCAUGGUUCACACCAAAACCAAGGUGGCCUCGAGUUGCAAAAAAGUGAGAAAGAUGCGAACACUUCCAUUGAAGAUAGUACAUUCCAGGUGCCUAGAGAGGAACAAGUCUCAUCUGUAUCUAUUAUGGAGGAGACCUCUAGGUCUAAGAGCAAGCGGUAUAGGAAAGACGAACAGAGAAAGAAGGAUAAAAAAGACAGGAAGACUAAGAAAAGGAAGCACAUGGAUGAGCCUAGCGCUACAUGCUCAGAAAUCCUGGAAAAUGUGAUUUUGGAAACUAGCCUAAAAGCUACUGUUACUGAAUCUCGAGAUGCAUCACCCCCAAUUGCCAGUGUUUCAUCAAAAGAACGCCGUCCGAUGGGGAGACAUAUUCUCAGAGGUCGACACAUUGCACAAAAGAAGAAAGCCCUCAUGGAUGACAGAUCUCUCAAUGAGAUAUUCAUGGUUAAAUCGUGA